AUGGAAGCUGCAAACGUGCUGCAGAUGCAAUACGUCCCCACGUUUCAAAGAGUCUUGCCACCAAGCGAUCUAGCAAGCUUUGUAUUCUGCUCCCCAGGACUAACCCACAUCAAUUUUACCGCAGAGGCUGUAUUGCAAAAGCCGGCUUCUCUACGCAAACACAGCUCGCCGGGUGUCGACACCAUUCGUCCAGAAGCAUUGGGAGCAUCAGCAAACCAACUGGCAGGACCUUUAGCUCAGUUUUCCCAGCACUACUUAGACCAGAACCAAGUUCCCGCCAUGUGGAAGCUUGGAAUAAUAAGCCCGAUUCACAAAGGUGGAAGCAAAACUGAUCCCUCCAACUACCGCCCAGUAACCCUUCUUCCUAUACUCCCCAAGGUCAUGCAAUCCAUAGUUGCCGAUGUACUGGUGUGCUAUCUGGAAAACUGCAACCUCAUCACUCCUGAGCAGCACGGUUUCCGUCGACAGCGGUCAUGUACAACUAAUUUACUCAUUGCACGCAGUAGUUGGACCGAGGCAGCCGAUGCUGGAGAAGGUGUUGCUGUGAUAUACCUGGAUUUUUCCAAGGCUUUCGAUCGUCUAUACCAUCGGAUACUACUAUCCAAGCUACAGCAUUACGGGAUCGGAGACCCUCUUUUAAGCUGGAUCGCUAACUUUCUAUUUCAAAGGCAAUUAGUGGUCAGAGUUCGGAGCUCUUUAUCGGACCCCAUACAAGUGGAGUGUGGUGUGCCGCAAGACUCGGUUCUAGGUCCACGUUUGUUUCUGGUGUUUAUUAAUGACCUUGCACAGGGAAUCGCUUCAAACUUCCUAAUGUUUGCCGACGAUAUCAAGAUCUGGCGCAGGAUCCAGGCGAACGCCGACCAACAUGUGCUCCAAAGUGACUUAGAUACAGUGUAUCACUGGUCGAUCCAAAACUUAUUGCAUUCCAACGUCAGUAAAUGCAAGGUGCUUUCCAUCCGACAUCAGGGCAGCUACUCAUACCGACUCGGAACGGAUGUACUGCAACAAUCAACUCUCGAACGUGACUUGGGUGUCCUGGUUCAAGAUGACUUGGGUUGCUCCAGGCAAUCGGAAAAGGCGUCCAAGACCGGGAUUCAGCACGUUGGGCUGUUGAGGCGGGCGUUUGGACAAAUAAACAGCUCCAUAUUUCGACAAAUGCUCAGUGCGUAUGUUCGCCCCCAUGUCGAAUACGCAAUUCAAGCCUGGCAUCCAUGGCUGAAACACGACCUUAAUGCACUGGAGCAGCCUCAACGCCGGGCAUCUAAGAACGUAACUGGAAUGCGCAAUCUGUCCUACCAGGAGAGGCUGCGACGACUAGGAUUGUUCAGUGGAAGCUAUCGCAGGCUACGAGGCGACCUGAUUAUGACAUACUUGAUUCUGCGCGACCCACAUCAUGUGUGCCGCCCUCUACUGCAACUCAGCAGCAAUACAAACCUGAGGGGCCACUCAUUAAAACUCGCAGAACAAUACAGUCGUCUGGAGUGCCGCAGAAAUUUCUUUUCCAUCCGUGCCUGUCACCCGUGGAAUGCUCUCCCAGAAUCGGUCGUCUCUGCACCGACACUAACAAUAUUUAAAAGACAGUUGGACGAUGCACUCAUCCACUUACACUUUGUUACUUAA